AUGUCCAAUCCAUCCCAACUCCUGCUCCUCGCCGACCACAUUAAGCUUUCUCUUCUCGAGCGUCAGCGCGCCAUCUCGCUGAAUCUAGAUGUCAACCCGUCGCAAGACUCGAACAUUGCCCGCUCAUUAGAAUCCUUCCGAGAGGGCAUCGAGGCCCUCUCCAACCGCACCCCCGAAGACGAAUCGCUCUCCCAACUGUGGAGCCAAUAUAAUGACCUGUCGCGGCAGUUUCAAGGAGAAAGCUCCGCAACGGCCGAAGACACAAUCUCGUCGCCGAAUGACCCGGCCUUGAGAGAAGAUUUUGAACGCGCAAAGACCCGCAAACCUAGUGACGCUGCCCAACAACAGAAAGCCUCGAACCUACGGAAACAGGAUGCGGCGGUGGCGCAGAACCCGGGCGCCAAAAAUGUCCGCUUUCGCGAUGAUCCUUCGCAAGAAUCACUGGAUGCCCAAGAUGAAGCGAACCGAGCGGCUCUCUUCCCUGCUCGCUAUACGGAUGAGGAGGACUCUCGCGCUCGUACACCUGACCCCACAGCGAAUAUGGACAACCAACAAAUCCACGUCUACCACCAGCAAGUGAUUGCUGAGCAAGACGAGCAGCUUGACCGGCUGGGUGAAUCUAUUGGCCGCCAACGUCAUCUGGCCAUGCAGGUUGGCGAUGAGCUCGAGGGUCAAAUUGCUCUCCUAGAUGAAGUCGACAGGGGCGUAGACAGGCACCAAGGUCGGCUGGAUGGCGCAAAGAGACGGUUAAAAGGUGUGGGCGAACGGGCGAAGCAGAAUUGGGGCAUGACGACGAUCGUCGUGCUGAUUGUUAUCCUGGUAUUGUUGAUUGUCUUGUUGAAAUGA